AUGUCGAGACCUAACGAUCCAACGCAAAAGUCUCUGGUGGCUCAAGCUUUGAAAGCUGAGCGGGAUGUGUCCAAUGCCAGCUCGCAGAAGCAAGCUCUAGAGGCGGCCAUUGAAGCCGCUGAGCAGUACAUGAAGGCACUGAAACUGGCCGCGUCUCCCAAAGAUAAACAGGCAUUGGAUGCAAAGUGCAAGGAAUGGCUUACCAGGGCCGAGAGGAUUAAAGGGGUUCGAGACUGGCAAUCGGCAACUCCGGCGGAUCAGAAUGGCACACCUAGACUGCAGCCACCAGUGUCUACACGGAAGCUUACUACUCGUGAGGAAAUCAUUCUUCUCGAGGGAGCGAAACUGAACGGGUUCAUUUUUCCGCCAUGGGCCAGUGCCCCGAAGCCAGAGGAGUUCCAGCAAGAUGGAGGAAUGCUGUUUCUGGACGAACCCGAUCUUCAUUUGUCCAGCUCACAAAGGGAUAUUUUUGCAGGUUGGAAGCGACCUCAGGAAUUACUGGCUAUGAACUUUAGCAAUAAAGACCAACCGUUAACUCCAACCAUGUUUGUUUCAACAAAGACAGACCUCGUGCAGGAUGUCUUAACAGACUGCUCGGUGGUUGCUAGUCUUUGCGCUACCACCUCGAGGUUGGAGCGUGGCCUGGAUAAGCGGUUCUCUCCAGUAUCCUAUCCUUUCAAUGAAGACGGAAAUUCUGAGGAGACGCUUUCUGGGAAAUACAUCUUUUGCUUUUACUUUAACGGAUGCUUUCGAAAGGUGGCCAUAGACGAUCGUUUGCCGGCAUCUAAGACUUCAAGGUCACUUCAUGUGGUUGAUCGAAAUAACUCAAACUUCUUGUGGCCAGCUCUCGUGGAAAAGGCAUAUCUGAAGCUUCGCGGCGGUUACGACUUUCCCGGAAGCAAUUCCGGUACCGACCUCUGGGUAUUGACGGGAUGGAUUCCCGAGCAGGUUUUCCUGCAUCAAGAGGAUGUGACGGGCGAGCAACUCUGGAAGCGAUUGUUCAAAGCUUUUCACUAUGGUGAUGUCCUCCUGACCAUCGGAACCGGCGAAUUGACCGAAAGAGAGCAGACCGAACUGGGCCUUGUUAGUGGACAUGAUUAUGCCAUUCUAGACAUGAGAGAGUCGAGAGGACGGCGUCAGACGCUUGUGAAAAACCCAUGGGCUGGACCAACCACCGCGCGUGCACUCACUAGAGCACGCAAGCCAUCAGAUCCACGACACGAUCCCCUUUCUCCGGGAACCUUUUGGAUGGAUCUUGACAGAGUCCUGCAACACUUUGAAAAUUUGUACUUGAACUGGAAUUCAGGGCUCUUCAAUCAUCGCGAGGACUUCCAUUUCACUUGGGAUCUUGCAAACGGGAAAGGGAUCCCAGGUUGUUUCGUGAAGAACCCGCAGUUUGCAGUGUUUUCUGAGCUUGGAGGGACUGUCUGGUUGCUUCUAGGAAAACACUUCAAGACUAAUACAGGCUCUGAGGCUCAUGGAGAAUUGGGUUUUAUCAGCAUUUAUGUUUUCAAUGCGAACGGGCAAAGGGUUUGUCUAAGCGAUGGAGCGCUCCACCGUGGGCCAUAUGUCGAUUCGCCCAAUACCCUCAUGAGACUUGAAAUACCCCCUUAUACGACUUAUACGGCGGUGGUCGCUGAGCAAGGUCUACCUGCCCUGAGCCAAAACUUCACCUUGUCUGCGUUUUCUACCGCUCCCGUGAAUGUUGCUCAAUCGAAAGAAAGACACACGUGCAUGCGGAAAGUCCACGGAGCAUGGACGAGAUCGACGGCAGGCGGCAAUGCCGAAUCCGCCAGAUACCCGCUCAACCCGCAAUAUGCCUUGUACGUUCCGGAAAUGACCGAGGUAUCUAUCCUCCUGGAAUCCUCGGUGCCCGAACUAGCCACGCACGUCAAGCUGUUCUGGUCAAACGGAAAGCGCGUGUCGAAUGCUAAAAGUCGAGAUAUCAUUACAGACAGCGGUGAUUAUCGUAGAGGCUGUGCCCUCGCGGAAACAAGAGCUUUAGGCAAAGGACAGUACACUAUCGUUUGCUCUACGUUUGCACCGGACCAGCUUGGCCGGUUUACGCUCUGGAUCUCCUCUACUAUCCCGUGCGAGGUGAGACCGCUUGCAGCAGAGAGGGCGGGUCAACGAGCAGUGCUCUCGGAUGUUGGCGUCUUACCUCCAGGAAAAGAUCGGAUGUUGGCUUCGUUGCAAACUCCGCGGAUGACCCGGGUCAAACUUAUCGCAAGAAGCAGACAGUCCUUAAUCGGGGAUCGCGCAGUUGGCCCUUCGCCAGCGCUGAUGACAGUUGAGCUUGGACAGGGACCGUACAAAGAAACGUUGGCUGUUUCGGAGGAUGGAUCGUACAGCGAUUCUUUGGCUGGAAUACGGAUUGAAGACCUCGACUUGCAACCGGGGCUUGAACAGAAGGGAGGAGCCUGGGUUGUAAUUGAACGCAUUGGAGGACCAGGAGGACAGGUGGAGGACCAUUUGGAGGUGGAAGCUUUGGCUGAGGAGAGAGUUGAGAUUGGAGAAUGGAUAGUUGAGGAUGCUUGA